AUGUCCGUCCUCCGCAACAUCAAGAGCCUCGCUCCCCUCCUGGACCGUGUCCUCGUCCAGCGCAUCAAGCCCGAGCCCAAGACUGCCUCCGGUAUCUUCCUCCCCGAGAGCAGCGUCAAGGAGCAGAACGAGGCCAAGGUCCUUGCCGUCGGUCCCGGUGCCGUUGACCGCAACGGCCAGAGAAUCCCCAUGAGCGUUUCCGCUGGUGACAAGGUUCUCAUCCCUCAGUUCGGUGGUAACCCCAUCAAGGUCGGCGAAGAGGAGUACACCCUCUUCCGGGAUUCUGAGAUCCUUGCCAAGAUCAACGAAUAA